AUGCCUUCCAUUCUCAAGACCAUCGCUCUCCUCUCCCUUGCCAGCUUCACACUCGCUGACCUUCACACCAAUGGCAUCUGCGUAGACACCAAAAGCGAUGUCUAUGUGUACAACGCUGAUGCUACCGCCAAAACCUGCACAAACUACUAUAACAGAAACACUGGUUCAGAACAAUGGGAUACAUGCCCAGACUGCACCAUGAUUACAACUGGUGUUCCACAUUGUGAAUCCGCUGGUUCGCAUAUUGGUGGUGAUGAGUUGAACUACUAUUGCCAACAGAACGGAGCAGGAGGCUCUUUGGCAAACUAA